AUGAAGAUCAAGAAUCUAACUGAAGAGAACCAGCAGCUGAAAACCAACCUGACAGACCUCAACAACACACUCAGCUCAGAAAAUGAAAGAUUGAGGAGAGACAAAGAUGAUCAGACAGUCAUCAUUGAAAAUCUGACAAAGGAAUAUAAUGUCUCAGAAAUGAAGAUCAAGAAACUAACUGCAGAGAUCCAGCAGCUGAAGACACAAAACCAGGAGCUGGAGACACUGAACAUCUUAACAGAACAAAUACGAAACAUAGAGAACUGUGUUACUGUCACCCAGCAGAUCUUUGAUGCCUACUGUCCAAUAAAAGAUGGAAACAGACAGUAUAAACCUUGCCCAAAUGGCUGGAUGCGCCACCAGUCCAGCUGUUAUGCAAUCAAUAACCCUGAUACUGCUGAUCAGAAAACCUGGGAGGAAGCUCUAAAGGACUGCAGAGCAAAGAAUUCAGACUUGGUUGUAAUAGUUAAUGAAGAUGAAAAGACAUUCAUCAGUGGUAAGAGUUGGAUAACUCCAGGAGUCAAUGGCUACUGGAUUGGACUGAGAGUUGAAAACAGGAAAUGGAAGUGGAUCGAUGGAAAUGAUCUGACUAAAAAGUAA